AUGCCUCUAUGUGCUGUCCGAUGGAAUCCAGGAAAUCAAGACGAGAUUGUUUGCUCAUCUAACCAAACUGACAAAGUUUUACUGUUUGACAUUGGGUACGUCUCAUCUGCUCCGACUGAAGUUUUACAGAAAGGGAAGACCAAAUUUCAUGGUCUCUGCUCGGAAUCCCGGAAGGGUUUGACUGAUGUAGCUUUUACUCCAGACGGUAAGUCACGGCUAUUUGCUUCUGGACUUGAUGGUGCAGUCUACAUGUGGGACAUGCGGCUAAGUAAGACACACUGUGUUGAGCUUACAGCACUCCCAGAAUCUCAGUUUACCAGUGUCAAGCUAAAUAUGGAUAAUCGGACAGUGUUUGGUGCAACUAGAAAUGGGACCAUUCAUGUUUGGGAUACACGUGGAGGGAGGGCAUCAGCUGCUUUUCAAAGCCAUAAUGAGGUUCAACCUUUGUCAUCAGUGAAGAUAUCAAGGUUGUUGGGAAAAAUUGCAUCGCUGAAGAACAAUCAAACAUUGUUUCAGGUGAAAUUCUGUCGAUAG